AUGGUGCGCUGUGCCACGCUGUUCACGUUUCUCACCGCAUGCAUUUCGCUUGGUAGCGCAGUGCAGGUGGUACAGCGAAUUCAGGCGCUACCCCAUAGGCGGCCAGGUCCAGGCGACGGCGACAAGGAAAAGUGUCCCCCAUGCUUUAACUGCAUGCUCCCGGGGUUUGAAUGCAAACAGUACUCCAAGUGUAACCCAUUCACUGGUCGGUGCGAUUGCCGGCCGGGAUUCGGCGGGGACGACUGCUCGCAACCGCUAUGUGGGGCGCUGUCAGACCGCAAUGACUACCGGCCAGCAAGGCCGCAGAAUGAAGUGUGCGAGUGCGGGCCCGGCUGGGGAGGUAUCAACUGCAACAUGUGCGAGGAGGAUGCUGCAUGCGACAGCAUGGUGCCUAGUGGCGUUCGGGGAACGUGCUAUAGAGGAGGGAUGAUUGUGCACAGUUUGCAUCAGGGAUGUAAUAUAACGAAUGAGAAAAUUGUGGAGAUGUUGGGUGACAAGAAACCGCAGGUGACGUUUGCAUGCAAUAAAACUGCAGGUGAGUGUGACUUCCAAUUCUGGAUUGACCAGGAGGAGAGCUUUUACUGUGGGCUUAACGAAUGCAAUUUCAACUAUGAUCUGGGCAGCAAUUCGACCCACUAUGAGUGCUCUGAGAUUCGCUGCGAGUGCAUACCGGGAAGAAUGCUCUGUGGACAGAAGGGCUCCAUUGAUAUCUCGGAGUUUUUGACAGAGGAAAUCAGAGGGCCUGGUGAGUUCAGCUGUAAUGUGGGGACUAAAGAAUGUCAUUUCAGUGAGCCGAGCAUGGAUGAGCUGAUAGGAACGAUAUUUGGAGACUCGUACAUAAAAUUGAGGUGUUCAUCAGGUGAGUGUUUGCAUUAUAGCGAAGUUCCUGGCUACUUACCUCCACCAAAACAAAAACUGAAUUUCUUUGGCUAUUUGGUGCUUUCAGUUACCUCUGCAGUGCUAAUGGGUUCAAUUUCUUUGGUGGUCCUCUUUAUCUCAAGAAGCCCACUGUUCUCGAACGGCCACAUUGAGUUGCCUGAAUAUGACUCCAUGGAGGAAGACUUCCUCAAGUCCGGGUCAAUGGCCACUUUAACCUUUGAGAAUUUGUGUUAUAAGGUGUUUCCUUCUAGGUCAUCUCCCGUCCGCAUUCUAAAUUCUAUCAGUGGAUAUGUUAGUCCCGGCGAAAUACUUGCAGUCAUGGGUGGAUCCGGAGCAGGCAAAACCUGUCUCUUAGAUAUUCUUGGGAUGAAAAACAAGGCAGGUGAGGUCUCUGGUACAGUGAAGAUCAAUGGCGUGCCAAUUACGAAGCAUACUGUGUCCAAAGUUGUCGGUUUUGUCGAUCAGGACAACCACCUUCUACCAACGCUUACCGUGUACGAGACUGUACUCAAUAGCGCAUUACUGCGCCUUCCAAGAUCGAUGUCUUUUGCUGCGAAGCAAAAGAGGGUAUACCAGGUGCUAGAAGAACUCAGAAUUUUUGAUAUUCGGGACCGAUUGAUUGGCAAUGAUUUCGAGAGGGGAAUUAGCGGUGGUGAGAAGAGACGGGUCUCCAUAGCCUGCGAGCUCGUGACUUCACCGCUGAUUCUAUUCCUUGAUGAACCAACAUCUGGGCUGGACUCGAAUAAUGCAAAUAAUGUCAUUGAAUGCCUUGUGAGACUGGCUUCUCAAUAUCGCAGAACACUUGUUUUGUCUAUUCACCAACCCAGGUCGAACAUUUUUAGACUUUUCGAUAACUUAGUAUUGUUGAAUGAAGGCGAAAUGGUAUACUCCGGUCCUAUCACCAGGGUGAAUGACUUCUUACGCAACACCGGUUUCAAUUGCCCUUCUGACUACAAUAUUGCGGACUAUUUGAUAGAUAUUAAUUUCAUGUCUCCUACCGCCCCCUCAUUAGAGAAUCCUGACAGUGCAGACGUCGAAGCAGAGGCUGGCAAGAGCGUCGAAAACUCUCUGCAUGUUCCUGAGCUGGGUAGAUCAUCCACACAGCGGGAAUGGGAGCACUUUGCCCUUCAUCGCGACGAGUUGCGCAGUAUGCUCCAAACCGGUGAGGCUGCUGGUGCCGCCGGACAUAUGUCCUCGCACAACCUAUCACGCCUUUUCAAAGAGGGCUCCCAUUUUGGUGAACUUCUUUCUCACAUCGAGGAUGUCAAUAAAGAGUGCCAUUCCAAUAAGCUGACUCUGCCCUCCUCCUACCAGGGUGCGUCGUUCCUGCAACAGCUAUCCAUCUUGAACUCGCGUUCUUUCAAAAACAUAUACCGGAAUCCUAAGCUCCUGAUAGGCAACUACGUGCUCACAGUUAUCCUUGGCCUUUUCUUGGGCGCCCUCUACUAUGGAAUCGAGAACGACAUCAGUGGGUUUCAGAACAGGCUUGGCCUCUUUUUCUUUGUCCUGACAUACUUCGGUUUCCUCACCUUCACCGGACUGUCCUCAUUUGCCCAGGAGCGCAUCAUAUUUGUCAAGGAGCGUUCCAACAACUACUACUCGCCUGUGGCAUUCUAUGUGAGCAAGGUGCUGAGUGACAUCCUGCCGCUCAGGGUCGUUCCUCCGAUCCUACUCUGCCUGGUAAUCUACCCGCUCGUGGGCUUGAACAUGUCCAAUGGCGCCUUUUUGAACUGCAUUGGCAUUUUAGUACUUUUCAACCUGAGCAUAUCUAUGGAGAUCCUGGCUGUUGGCCUCUUUUUCGAGGACUUGAACAACUCGAUUGUUUUCAGUGUGCUGAUUCUCCUUGGCUCCUUGCUCUUCUGCGGACUUUUCGUCAAUACCCAGCGCAUUACGAACUUUGCGUUCAGAUACAUGAAGAACCUGUCUGUCUUCUACUAUGCCUACGAAGCGCUGAUCAUUAACGAGGUCAAGAGUUUGACACUUAGGGACAAGAAGUACGGCCUGAACAUAGAGAUACCCGGCGCCACCAUUCUCAGCAGCUUCGGGUUUUCUGUGCAGCAUCUGCAGCUGGACAUCGAGAUGCUGGGCGCGUGUUGCGCUGUAUUCCUGCUCGCAGGGUACUUAGUCUUACAGCUACUAGUCAUAGAGCAUAAGUAG